CUCAAAACUGUGUCAAGCAGAAUUGGAAAUCCAAAGUUUGCGGUCUCGUCUUAUUAAUCUUAACGAAGUGUGUUUUGAGAAUUCCGUCUCCCAGAUUGAAAGUUUAACUGAAGUAGAUGAAACAGUUGGGCUGAACAAUAUUCGUAAAACCCCAUUGCAAAAUGACGAAAUCAAAAAUAAUAUGGAAUAUCAAUAUUUGAACAUAAUUAUUGAAAGUAAGGACAAACUGAUUGAGGAACUACAGGAUAAGAUAAAAAUACUUAAGAAUUAUAAUAAUGUCUUAGAAAAAAUCGGAGAAAAUCAAGGAAAUUUUUCUGGUGAAAAUUCACCUAGUAUGGUGCCAUCUACGAGAUCUCCUACCGACUCUCAUAAAUCUGUGCAGAAGUCAUUGUUACCGUCUCUUGUGUGUGGAAAUGUAAAAAAUUCAGAUGUAUCUGUGCAUUCAGCCAAACAGGUGAAUCAAGAAAUGAACAAGGAUAGCAGCGAAAUUUCCGUCUCUUUAUCUGAAGAUAGAAUAAAAACUAAAAAUAUGAAGUUUGGUAGUUCAAAUGAAUCAACGUCAACAAAUAAACAAGGAAAUACUGCCGUCAAACUUAGACAGAUAUCAAAGAAUGUCGUGAAUCAACAAAUACAAACAAACAAACCUGUUGUCAAUUCGAAGACAUCAAAGAAUAAAAAUAAUAAAUGGUCCAUUAUGGGAAAGGCAACAGAUAGCAAUAUAAAGGCUAUUCCUAAAAAAGUAUCUCUUUUUGUUUCAAGGAUCAACACACAAACAACAUCAUCGGAUUUCAUAAGCAUGGUGAAGCAGAAUUUUGAGGAGGCUGAAAACCACACGAAAGGAACAAACAUGACCAACAAUAAAACUAAAGAUGAUACACACACCUUCCAAGUGUUACAUUUGAAUAUUCAGGGACUGAGUCCCCAUAAGGUAAAUGAAUGGGACCUGUUUCUCAUGGAAAAUAAUAUGUGUGAUGCGAUCUGUGUGACAGAGCACUGGCUGCCAUUGGGGGUUGCAGACACAUACUGCUCAAGUGGUUGGCACGUAGCUUCCAAUUUCUCAAGAACAAGAAAUAAACGUGGAGGUACGAUGAUUUUAAGUAGAAACCAUGAAUACGAAGUCCUAGGAAAAAUAGUGGAGUUAUCAGUAGAAGUUGAUUGUGAAGUAGCUGCUAUAAAGAAACAGGGGUUAACCCUGAUAUCAGUUUAUCGUUCACCUGUGAUUUUAAUGUGUGUUUUAAUAUAAAUAGCAAUAAUGUACUGGACAGGAACGCAGAAGUACUGUUGGAGGUCUUUCAAUCGUACGGUUUGAAGCAAACAAUAUAUGAGCCAACGAGGAACAAUAACUGCAUUGAUAA